CCUCGCAGCGACUUUGCAGCGAAGCUUGAAUAAACAAACCAUAAAAUGGCGUCGUCAGACCCGAAAGGAGGGCUGCUGAGCACCCAAACAGAAAAGCCAAAUCAUUACACAUACCUGAAGGAAUUUCGUGUGGAACAGUGUCCGUCGUUUCUGCAGCAUAAAUGCAACCAGCACCGACCCUUCAUCUGUUUCAAUUGGCACUUUAUGAAUCAGCGACGCCGUCGGCCAGUGCGUAGACGCGACGGUUCGUUCAACUACAGUGCGGACAACUAUUGCACCAAGUACGACGAAACGACCGGAAUCUGCCCGGACGGAGAUGAUUGCCCCUUCUUGCAUCGCACGGCCGGCGACACCGAACGUCGCUACCACCUGCGCUACUACAAGACGUGCAUGUGCGUGCACGAUACGGACGCGCGCGGGUACUGCGUCAAAAAUGGCCAGCACUGCGCCUUUGCCCACGGCAUCCACGACCAGCGCCCGCCCGUCUACGACAUCAAGGAGCUGGAAGCGCUGCAAGCGGCCGAAGCCAGCGGCGAGUGUCUGAAUGGACCGAACGUGCUGGACAAGGAGCGCAACCUGAUGAACGAGGACCCCAAGUGGCAGGACACAAACUACGUGCUGGCCAACUACAAAACGGAACCGUGCAAGCGGCCACCGCGGUUGUGCCGCCAGGGUUACGCCUGCCCGCAGUACCACAACAGCAAGGACAAGCGGCGUAGCCCGCGCAAGUACAAGUACAGAUCGACACCAUGCCCGAACGUCAAACACGGCGAAGAGUGGGGCGAGCCGGCCAACUGCGAGGCCGGUGACAACUGUCAGUACUGUCACACGCGCACCGAGCAGCAAUUCCACCCGGAGAUCUACAAGUCAACCAAGUGCAACGACGUGCAGCAGGCCGGCUACUGUCCGCGGUCGGUGUUUUGUGCGUUUGCUCACGUGGAACCUUACGUUCUGACGGAGGAGCUGACCGGCCGCGACUUGGACAGCCAGGCGCUCGCCCUUAGUGAUAUGAUUUCGUCGGUCCUCCCGCCAGACAACGGUUCGCUUAGCAAAAAGGACAAACACGAACUAGCGGUGAGUGUUCUAAGCUAUCUGGAGGCAGGACGGCAGGAGGCAGGAUUAGGAGGAGGAGGAGGAGGAGGUGUUUUACCAUUUGAACUUGAACCGCAGAAUUUUCACUCGUUCUUCCAGCUGCUGCAAACGAACGGUAGCGGCGCCGAAAGUAGUGAAUCGGCCAGCACCAGCAGUCUCGGCUCGAACCAUAGUAAUUCACACAACAAAGCACCCGGUUCACAGUUACAGCAAAACAAGCAUAAUAAUUGCCUCCUGGGGGGCGCUGCUGCCGGUUCGGUGACGGCCGCCAAUUGCAAUGGCGCUAGCUUACAGGCCACAUUUUACAACAACGGCGGUGGUGGCGCUGCUAGCUCAUUGCUCUCCAACAACUUUCCGGAGUUUACACCAGAGCUGCGGGCACAGCUUUUAGCAAUUGACAACGAUCUUACGAUGGGCCCUCUGGACAAGGAACAACGAAAGCGCAUGUGUUACUCUGCAUUCAGGAAUUUCGCUUCCUCCCUGGACGGUGGCGUUUAUGAUAUGGCGCGACGUGACCCGAUGCACGGUUUAGACAAUUCAAUUUCCGCCGGAAUCGCCUCGUCCGGUUUGCUGGCGAGCAGCUCCGCCCCGGUCAACAUCCCCGGCUCCCCGAUGGCCAAUUCCAUCUCCGGCCUCCUCCAAGGAACUUCCGCGCCGGUCAACAUUCCUGGCAGUUCGCUGAGCAACAACUUUAGCCCGUCGUCGCACUCCAAUCUGUUCGGCAUGAGUGACGCGAUGUUCGGCGGCGGUGGCAACACGGCCCAUCACAUUGGCAGCAGCUCGGCACCGAAGCUGGCGAACUCGUUCGGCCACAAUAACGCCGAUAGUCUCUUCUUUCAAUCGCACAUCAUCUCUCCGGUGCUAACCGGCGGCGAUGGUGGCCUGUCAGCUAGUCCGGAACUUAGUCGAAUAUCGGAACUAAACUCGCUCAACAACGAGCUGAGCAACAACAACACGAACCUGCUGUUUGACAACCACAUGCAGCAAGCCGUUCAGCAACAGCAACAACAACAGCAGCAGCAGCAACAAAUGCACCAAAAUCAGCAUCAACAUCAACAUGCAGCCGCUGCGGCAGCGCUGGUUGCGGCCGCCGCCAAGGGUUCCAACUCAAACCACCCGUACUCGAUGUCCCCGCUCGUUACCUCCGAGAUGGGCCGGCUACGGGAGGAGCUUGCCAACAAGAACGCACAAAUGAUGAACUGGGAGGUGAUGCAGGCCACGAACGCAUGCGAGGCGUGGAAGGCGCAGAUGGAGGAGAGCAACCGGAAGACCGUGAUAGCCGAACAGCAGCGCGACGAGGCCCUGUCACACGUGAAGGCGCUCAAGGAAAAGAUGGAACACAUGAGCAUCACCGGCAACAGCACGGCCAACUUCCGAACGACAGACUUUAGGGGAAUGCCGCUGCAAAAGUUGAAGAACAUCCAGGCCAAGCUGCGCGCCGAAAUCGAGGAGGUCGAAAAGGUCCUGUACCUGGAGACCGCCACCAAGUGUAUGAAGUGCGAGGAGAACAAUCGAAGCGUGACGCUCGUGCCGUGCAAUCACUACGUGCUGUGCGAUUCGUGCGCGGUAACUCAGCGCGAGUGCCCCUAUUGCCAGACGCCGGUCACGUCGCAGGCGUAAACCCCACCCCCACAAUCGCGUCUCAAUAGUUGAGAUAUCAUUUGAUCGACUUCCAAGCAACUGAUCAACUGAUUGAAACUGUCUGUAUUUCCUGCUUUUUUUUUAGGAGGAGUCACGUCCUCGUUCGAACUAUACCCUGUACUCUGUAAUUAGUUUUUGCGUGAAUUCUUGCAAAAAGUGAUAUUUUCGUAUCGACAAGUAACAAACUGACGAAAGUGAACAAAAAUUCACUAUAAACACAAAUCCAACGCAAAGCAAAAGCCCAUUGAACUGAUGAUUCGCAGAAAAGGGAGAAAACGCGAACGUUUAGUAGAUUUUUUUGUAAUUUUUACACAACCUGACAUUUGCUUUGCUUGAUUUUCCGUUUAGAAUCGAAUCGCGUUUCUAUCUCUAGGGAAAACAUAGAACUUUACACAAACAAAAAUGACAGGGACGAUCGAAUUGCUUUGUUUCCUUUUGCACGCGUUUAGUGCACGUUAACUUAUUUUCCUUAAUUUUUAUACAAAAUAAUAAGAAAUAAUUUGGGGAAGUCAGAACUACACCCAACAAAGAAGAAGCAUAAAACCCGCUUAGACGACUAGCUUUUAUUUUCCAAUUAGUAAGCAAUCUGAUUUGUACAACGCGAUCGAAAGUGCGCGCAACAAAACCCGUUCGUAUUAGUUUUCAGAAAUGAAAUUGCAUUUGCUCUUUAUACUUUGUAAUAGGAAAUAAAAUACAAAAUACAAAUCAAUACAAACUAUGAUUACGAACAGGAUGUGUGAACUAGGAAUGUAGGAAAACAAAUAAUAAACAAGAGACGAUUUAUAAAAAAAUGGUAUAUAAAUAUUUAUAAUUUAUUUUUGCUAUCUAAUUUAACAAAUCUUUAGGGUAAUCCAAUUUGUUUUUGUUUAUUGCCUGUAGCCACUUUUUUAUAUGAAAAACAAAAAAAAAGAGAAAAUUUUUGCUUGUGCGCGAGUCGCACACGGCCAUCAAACUUGUGAGGCAAUGCAAAAGCAAGAAAGAAAGAGAAGUGAAAUGAACGCGACGCAACACGUUAGAAAAAAUUGCAUAUUCCUUAUUAUUCUCUUAAUGUAAAACAAAACAAAUCUUAAAACAAAACUAUAUUAUUAUAUACGGCAGAUCAAUUGAAUAUUAUUACUCUCAUAAUCCUAUUUGAAGAGAUAGGUAGCGAACUAAAUGAAUAUUAAAUAAAAUACACGAGAAAGAAGAAUGGCCGAAAGCGCAGAACAAAACAUACACAAAAACUGUGAAAUGUAGCAUUAUAGAGAGAGAUGGGGGAGAAACUACGCGGAAGAAAAUCGAGUGUUGUUAACCCUUUUCUUGCAAAGUGUUGUUAGGAUGAAGAACAAGAUUGAUUUUAUAAUGAUAACCAUCACAGAUACAAAGAAAACAUAUUAACUCUUUGGUUUUAUUUUACUCCUCUUCCUUGGUUCCCUUUUUUUCUCUUUCUGAUGUCUUUGUUGGUCGAUCUCUGCACGUCGCUUUUAUUAGAAAAAAAAACUACCUUCCAUUUAACUAGUCAACACUCGCAACAUGUGUUAUUCGUAACAGUCGAAUAAACUUGGUCAUUUUUGGCUCAUUCUAUGAGAUAUCUUUCUUUCGACUCCUGAUUUUGAGUAACAAUGUAUGAGUUUCAUCGGCUAUUAUUUUUAACUAGAUACCACAUUUAUGUAAAAUUCUCGAUUUCAGUCUAUUUUGAAACUGUUUGCGAAUGCUCCAUUUUCCAUUCAGUCGGGGCUGUAGUUAUGACGUGUUAUGAGUUUCCUGGUCGCCUUUUUACAGUCCUUAUCAUCGACGUGCAAGAUGAUGCUUUGAUCCGUCAAGACCAGGCCUCUUUUGGUUGAGGAUGCCAGUUCCGGUUUCGUCACUCGGCUUGGCCAGGUUUUGCAGAGAGUAUUUUGCAGUGUUCAUCAUGGAUCAUGGACCCUUGGUUUCAGUUGAAAGCAGAAGAUAAACGUUUUGUGUUUUUCAGUAUUCCACUCUUGGCAGGAUUUUUCAAAGAUUUUGCAAGGUUUGACGACGUUAUGUCAGCGAGGCAAAAGCAUCUUUCUCUGUCGGAUGAAAUUGCACAUUGAAAAAAAAUAGUUAUUUCAGUCUGCACUUUGCUGACUUUUUCUGUCAAAUAAAAACAAUCAAUCAAUCAAAGCAAUUUGUAUUUUUUUUUUCUUAGCGUUAUGAUGUGAAACUGAUAAAAACUGUCAGCUUACUGAGAUCAAAGUAGUCCUAACGAGCACGAUUUCGGCCGACCAUUUGAAUUCACACAGCCGCCAAAAACCAGGCCUAAUGCGUUGCUUUGUUAGAUGCUACAUGACGUUCGUAUUAGCAAAGAGUUACAUUUAAAAAAAAUGUUUUGGUUUUUUUCGUUUAAUUCCCAAGUUUCGCACCUUUUCCACUAAAACACUAAACCGAGCAUAUUCCUGCAAUGUUACAAACUCGCCGUGAAACUACAUCUCUCAAGCAAACAAACAAUAGAUAGCCCACGUUUCGACGAUAGUAGUAUGUUGAUAGCAAACAAAGAACCGAGAUCCCAUCAAGAUUUUCUACAUAGAUAAAAACAAAACAAUAAAUCAACAAAACGCUAACAAUUCCCUCGAAGAACAGUAGCAAACACACACAGAUUCCUAUCAAGUCAGCGAAUAAGUAGAAGGUACUAAACAAAUCGUAGCCCGUUUUACACAGUCACAAUGAAGGAAGAAUAGGAAGAAGAAAUAAUGAGCAGCAGACGCCGAGGGCAAUCUCAGCACUGGAGACAGCGGCAGCCACCUAACACUACACAUAUAUUUUCGAUAAAUAUUUACGGAAAAGUAUAUUCUUCUAACGGCCCCUUUGAAAAUCGUACAGCGUCGUUGAUUGGUACGAUACUUUCAAUAGUGAAGAGAGCUCUUAGGCUUAAAAUAGACGGGCCCCUCGAACAAUUUUAAGCUACCUUUGAUAGGAGAAGUUUCAAAAAGUAUCGUUGUCUGUUUGAACCAAUAGUACAUAGUACACGAGACUUUGCCGAAUCAAAAUUUGUUAUUAUUUUCAACCUGACGGUAAAAUUGGGUCUGUAUAUGAUUUAAUGCAUAAUUUUACCAUCGUGAUCACUUGCUUAAAGUUCUCACGUAUCCAUAUUAGGCUGUAACAAAAUGAGCCCAAAUGUCAAAAUAGUUGACAAAUCACAAACACAAACUAUGAGCUGGUGAGGUUUUUGAAAGAUUCCAAAAUCGUUAAGUGGCUCAAAAUUGGCAAAAACCAAAAUGCAACGAUUUAAGGUUAAAAUCUCAUUUAAACUUCAUAGUUAAAUCGCCAGGUCCUAUAGUAACCAAUCUAGCUCAUUUUUUGGAUUCGGGCAUAGUACAUCUAGCGGAUCAUGCCCUGAAAUGCUCGCAUUAUUAACCCGUUUUGUUACAUCCUAAUCCAUAUGAUUUCCCGUUUGAAUUGCUUCCCUCGUCACCCAUCGUAGUAGGCAUUAUUUACAAUAAAAAUGUAAAAAUUAAAUAAAACAUUGUACCCACCGCACGUGUCAAAGGUUGGUGAAGAUCUCCCAAUUUUCUCAAAAUCAACAGCUCGAAAAAAACAACGUGAAUUUGCCAAAUUAACAUGAAAUCAGUUGAUAUUUCAGUUUAACAAAAUAUUGCGCCGCUCAAAUUUUGGUCCAACCGGUAACAACACAUCCAGAACGAGGGAAGAUUCAUUGCGUAGAGUAAACAACUUUUUCCAUGAUACAACAAUUAAAUAAUGCAUUGUUCUAUUUUUCCAGCAUUCCUCGUUUUGUUUUAAUUUAUUCUUGAAAACUAAAGGCUUUUCCAAAUAUCCCGAAUCCCACGUUUUUAUCUGUAUAUUAAGCGAUAGCUAAAAAAAUAUUCAAAAUCACAUUCAAAAGGAACCAUGUUUUCUACUCGAAUAUAUUUUUGACACAAUGCGACUGUAAUUACAAAUACUUCAAUGAAAGCUAUCAUAACGUACACGUUACACUUUUAUGUUUAUCUCGAUUACCAAUCCAUUAAUUUUUUUGUACAUUUUUCUCAUGAAAUGAUACAAAUAAUAUCUUCAAAAUCGUCAAUCUAGAAAUUUUCUUGCGCUUCACUUUUAAAGUACCCUGUUAGACAUUUUUCUUGCUUUUAUUCGGUCUCUUUUUUCAUAGUUUAAACCCAUAAAAAAUCUCAUAUAAUUAAUUUGUUUUGCUUUACUUUUUUAUUGCUUCAUAGGUAGGAAGUUUAACAAAUUAUUUUCAAACUAAAAUUCUAUAAAAACAGACGAUCGAAAUCUGAUGAAAAAAUAUUUAUAGUGAUAUUAACAAAACAGAAUCAAUGAUUGAUAUAAUUAUAAAAGUUUUAAAAUGUGGAAUGGAAAAAAAUAAAUAUUAUGAAGCUAUAUACAUAUAUAUUUAUAAUUUGUAUAUAAAUAAGAGACAAACAAAUUACUAGGAAACUAAACAAUUCAAUGAAAAAAAAGCACAGUGCGGUGCGAAACAACAGAUUUUUAUGAAUGACAAUGAAAAGAGCAGAGCAGGGGAGAGAUGAUUAAAUUGAUAAAGCAACAAUUAAUGCAUGUAGCCACAGCAGUUUGUGAGAGCAAUAGUUAUUCGAUCCAGCGGUAACAAACCCCGAACCCCGUUAGAAAUUUUGGAAAGCGUCAACAACUGCAAACACGAAAAUCAAUAACAAAUUGUUAGUAUGGCGAUGAAAGAGGAAAAAAAAAACAAGAAAACACGCAAAAACAGAACAUGAAAAAGUGCGGUUGAUCAAAAGAAGGAAGUUCGAAAAUUGAUGAUAAUAUAUUUUAUAGAUUAUGGUAACAAAUUAUUAAAAAGAUGACGAUAAAAUGAAAUAAAAACGCAGAGGACAAGAAUCCAGUGAUUGAAUAUAAACAAAUGAUUCAAAAUAUUAUAAAUGCAAGAAAGCACUAUAUAUGUGAAUGAAAGGAAGAAAAUUAGAAUAUACCAGAUAAUACAAAAUAGAAUAUUAUUAUUGAAAUAUAAACACUAUUAGGAUUUCCAAUUUAAACAAUGAACGCUAUGUUUAGAAUAACAAAAUACAUAAAAUAACUAAAAUCGUGAAUGAGCAAAUAAACAAUAAUUCAUUAAAACAUCUCUAUGUGCAUCAAAUACCAACAAAAUUAAAUGAAGAAAAUAGGUUUAUAUUUGUUUCAAACAUGCUUCUUUUUACAGUUGAAUGAGUUUAAAGCAGGGGUGACCAAAGUAUGGCCCGCGGGCCAAACGUGGCCCGCGAGGUGAUUAUUUGUGGCCCGUGGACCCAUUUUGAAUGAUCAUGUAAAAUGGCCCGUUGACCACUUGUAAAGUGUUCUUAAACUUUUUAAAAAUUAAUGUUUUUUUUAACUUUUUUAUGCUUAUCUUUUUUUUAAUUUUUUUUGCUAAUUAAAACUACUGAUUUAUCAAUAUUUUGAUCCCCAUUUAGGGACACAAAUAUUACGUUAAAAUUAAUAAUAAUUCAAACAAUUUCACACGUUUCAAUGAGUGGAACUUGUAAAUAUUGUUUAAGCUUUCAUCAAACAUUUUGGAAAUAUUUAUAAAAUCGAAUAGCAAAUAAAACAAGUUCAAUCUUCAAUAGUUGCAAACAUAUAAGUUUUAUAUAUUAAUUUGAAAGUCAUAAUGACCCUCUUAUGAAUUGACCCUCAAACCUACUUUGCACUUGAAACCUACCAUCGGUAUUCGAGCUCACGACAGUUGAAUAACGAAUCUGAUUGACUACCAUCUGAUCCAGCCAGACAAAAUGUUGAAAUCGGAGGAAUAAGGCUGUUGCAGAUAUUUUACAUAGCUGUUGUCGAUCAACCCUCCCCUCCAUCCAUUAUUAAAAAAAUGGCUCGAAAUAUUAGGGGCAAAAAUAUUUCUUCAAAAAACUUCAUUAAAUAAAAAAAUAAAAAAAAUUAAGUGCAGUAAGCUGAAAUCUCAUCGCAUCGCAUUUCUAUGCGUUUAGAAUAAUUUGAGCAUGUUCGGGUUUAUGAAAAAAUAAUAUGAAUUUUAGUGAAUUUUCGAUGAAUAAAUCUUUGUUCGCUAAAAUGUUUUUUUUUUGUCAAAUCUGUCACCAUUUUUUAAAAAUAAAAACAAAAUUCAACAAUGUUAUUGAAAACUCAACUACAUUCAAUUCUUUUCUACUAUUUUUUAAAUUUUUUUUAAUACCGUAAAAUUAAAAAAAAAACGGAUAUUGAAAAAAAUAUUUUUAUUUUGUGGUAUUUUCAAGUCUUUAAAAUAAAAUAUCAUAAUUUCAUUGUUUAUAAAUUUCCUAUUUUGCAAAUUUGGCCCGCAUGCUCAUUUGAGCAUCAAAUUUGGCCCGGCCUCCAAAAACUUUGAGCACCCCUGGUUUAAAGGGAUUUUCAGCGAUAUGGUUUAAAUUCAAACAAUUAAACAAUCACUUUUUUAUGUCAGCAUCCUUAUUUGUGGGAAAUUUUUUGUUUGCGAAAAAUGUACUUUUAACUUACAAACAUUUCAGCAGCCAAUUUCUGUUCUAGUUAUUCAAUGUUGGCGCAAAAGAAAGAAAAACAAGUCUUACAGAAUAAAAUAUCGAAAUCGAAACAUAAAAAAGUAGCUAUGAUCAAUAAUAAAAUGUAGAGCAGAAUAUUUAAUAAAAAAAAACAGCAAAAUGUGAUUAGUUCUAGUUAGUAGCGAAACAAAAGAAAGGAAGAAAGAAAUAAAACUGAAACAACAUCAGCGUUAUGCUUUGCGUUUUGUAUCGUUGAAACACAUUGGCAUUUUGAUGAAUUAGAUGGUACCCGUCGUUUGCACAAUUUUUGUUGUUGAGGAGGUGUGGUUGUUAUCGCAAAUUGUGUUCUUUUUUUUGGUAUUUUUUGUUCUGAAUUUGAAAUUGUGAUAUGAUUUAAAAUGAUACCUGGUUUAGGCACAACACAGAAUGUAAAUAUUUUAAUUUAUGUUUUAAAAAGGUAAUCGGCAUCAACCGUUGAAAUUUCAUCAUUAUAAUUAAUCUUCUCAUGAACUUACAUUUGGUACCAAUUUAAAGGAGGAAAAAGUUUAUACGACGGUGAUACCUCAUGAUUAUUUUUCGACCCAACUCGCACUCGAUAAAAUUGUAUUAAAAUUUAUUUCCAAAAAAAAGUGAAACAAAUUGUAAGAAGUCAGCAACAAACACGUGUAUGAGAUGGAAGAAGAGCUAGAAAUCUUAGGACAGAAAUUUCUAUAAUGAAAAUGAAUGGUACAAAGUAUUGCAGAGCGAGAGAAAUUGUGUAGCAUCAGCGAGUUAAGCGCAAGUUUCGUGAUUAAAACCAACCAAACCACACCACCUUCACAGAGCAAAGGAGUAACAAUCACGAGUGCACGGAACCCUGCAAAGUUUCAUAAUCCAAAAAAGGGGGGGCAGGCAGGAUCAACGAGUGAAGUAGACGGAAAGUGACAAAGAAAAUGUAACAACGUACUAAAUAUGUAUUUGCUUAUUACAUUGAUUUAUAUUAUUGUAAUUCUUUAAAAGCAAGCAAAAAAUCGUAUAUAUUAAUAGAAACAUAAACAAA